CGAUUGCUUCCUGUUUGUCAGCUUAGUUGUGUGAGCUCGUCGGAUCAGCAACUUCUUCUCUUCAUCUAAAGCAGGAAGCCACAAUGACACCAGAGGACCUUUUGCACAGUCUAGAGGAUUUAGGAGAUGAGGAAUUCAAGGACUUCAAAUGGCAUCUGAAGCAGCCUGGAAUUUUGGAAGAGCACCAACCCAUCAAAGAGUUCAAGCUGGAGAAGGCAGAAAGGCGGGACACAGUGGAUCUGAUGGUGAACGCCUAUAAACUUCAUGGAGCUCUAAAGGUGACCAAGAAGGUUUUAAAGAAGAUAAACAGGAAUGAUGUAGUGCAGCGUCUGACAGACACCAGCUCAGGACCAGAAGGUGAUCCUGUUGCAGUUUGUCAGCAUGAACUUAAAUGCAACCUGAAGAGGAAGUUCCGGUGUGUGUUUGAGGGAAUUGCUAAAGCAGGAAAUCCAACCCUUCUGAACCAAAUCUACACAGAGCUCUACAUCACAGAGGGAGGGACUGGAGAAGUCAAUGAUGAACAUGAGGUCAGACAAAUUGAAACAGAAUCCAGGAAUCCAGACAAACCAGAAACAACAAUCAGACAUGAAGACAUCUUUAAGCCCCCACCUGGGAGAGAGGGACCAAUCAGAACAGUGAUGACAAAGGGAGUGGCUGGCAUUGGGAAAACAGUCUUAACGCAGAAGUUCACUCUGGACUGGGCUGAAAACAAAAUCAACCAGGACGUUCAGUUCACGUUUCCAUUCACUUUCAGAGAGCUGAAUGUGCUGAAGGAGAAAAGGUACAGCAUGGUCGAACUUGUUCAUCACUUCUUUACUGAAGCCAAAGAAGCAGGAAUCUACAGGCUUGAAGAAUUCCAGGUUGUAUUCAUCUUUGAUGGUCUGGAUGAGUGUCGACUUCCCCUAGACUUCCACAAUGCUGAGAUCCUGACUGACGUGACAGAGUCCACCUCAGUGGGUGUGCUGCUGACAAACCUCAUCAGGGGGAAACUGCUUCCCUCUGCUCGCCUCUGGAUAACCACACGACCUGCAGCCGUCAGUCAGAUUCCACCCGACUGUGUUGACAUGCUGACAGAGGUCAGAGGGUUCACUGACCCACAGAAGGAUGAGUACUUCAGAAAGAGAUUCAGAGAUGAGGAGCAGGCCAGUAGAAUCAUAGCUCACAUUAAAAUAUCACGGAGUCUCUACAUCAUGUGCCACAUCCCAGUCUUCUGCUGGAUCACUGCUACAGUUCUGGAGAAUGUGUUGAAAACCAGAGAGGGAGGAGGAGAGCUGCCCAAGACCCUGACUAAGAUGUACAUCCACUUCCUGGUGGUUCAGUCCAAACUGAAGAACGUCAAGUAUGACGGAAGAGCUGAGACAGAUCACCACUGGAACCCAGAAAACAGGGAGAUGAUUGCGUCUCUGGGGAAACUGGCUUUUGAGCAGCUGCAGAAGGGGAACCUGAUCUUCUAUGAAUCAGACCUGACCGAGUGUGGCAUCGAUAUCACAGCAGCCUCAGUGUACUCAGGAGUGUUCACACAGAUCUUCAGAGAGGAGAGUGGGCUGUACCAGGACAAGGUGUUCUGCUUCGUCCAUCUGAGCGUUCAGGAGUUUCUCGCUGCUCUUCAUGUCCAUCUGACCUUCAUCAACUCUGGUGUCAAUCUGCUGUCAGAAGAACAAUCAGCCUCCCAUGAGUCUGAAACAGAGAAAGACAACUCUGCAGAGACACGUUUCUAUAAGAACGCUGUGGACAAGGCCUUAGAGAGUCCUAAUGGACACCUGGACCUGUUCCUUCGCUUCCUUCUGGGCCUUUCACUGCAGACCAAUCAGAGUCUCCUUCGUGGCUUGCUGACAGAGAAAGGAAGUAGCUCACAUGACAAUCAGAAAAUUGUGCAGUACAUCAAGGUGCAGCUCGAGGACAACCUCUCUAAAGAGAAAAGCAUCAAUCUGUUCCACUGUCUGAAUGAGCUGAACGAUCGUUCUGUACUGAGGAAGAUCCAGCAUUCCCUGAGAUCAGGCAGUUUCUUCAGAGUGAGUUUCUCUCCUGAUCAGUGGUCAGCUCUGGUCUUCAUCUUGCUGUCCUCAGAAAAAGAUCUGGAUGUGUUCGACCUGAAGAAAUAUGCAGCUUCAGAACAGGCUCUUCUGAGGCUGAUACCAUUGGUCAAAGACUCCAACAAAGCUCUGCUGAAUAACUGUAACCUCUCAAAAAGAAGCUGUGAAGCUCUGUCCUCAAUUCUCAGCUCCCAGUCCUCUAGUCUGAGAGAGCUGGACCUGAGUAACAACAACCUGCAGGACGCAGGAGUGAAGCUGCUGUCUGCUGGACUGGAGAGUCCACACUGUACAUUGGAGACUCUCAGGAUGAGAGUGUGCAUGCUGACAGAGAGAAGCUGUGAAGAUCUUUCCUCAGUUCUGAGCUCGCAGGCCUCUGGUCUGAGAGAGCUGGACUUGAGUUACAACGACCUGCAGGAUUCAGGAGUGAAGCAGCUCAGUGUCGGACUGAAGAAACCACAGAGUACACUGAAAACGCUCAGACUGAGAGGGUGCAACCUCUCAGAGAGAAGUUGUGAAGCUAUGUCCUCAGUCCUCAGCUGCCACUCCUCCAGUUUAAAAGAGCUGGACAUGAACGAAAACAACCUGCAGGAUUUAGGAGUGAAGCUGCUCUCUGAUGGACUGGAGAAUCCACACUGUACCCUGGAAACUCUCAGGCUGUCGGGCUGUCUCAUCACAGAGGAUGGCUGUGUUUCUCUAGUCUCAGCUCUGAGCUCCAACCCCUCCCAUCUGAAAGAGCUGGACCUGAGCUACAAUCAUCCUGGAGACUCAGGAGUGAAUCUGCUGUCUGCUGGACUGGACGAUCCACAGUGGAGAUUGGACACACUCAGGGUGGAACCUCAUGGAGUCCAGUGGUUGAGACCAGGUCUGACAAAGUAUUCCUGUGAAGUCACAAUUGACACAAACACCGUACACAGAAAGAUCCAACUGUCUGACAUCAACAGGAAGGUGACAUAUGGGGAGGAGGAUCAGUCAUAUCCUGAUCAUCCAGACAGAUUCGACCGCUGGCCUCAGCUGCUGUGUAGAAACGGCCUGACUGGUCGCUGUUACUGGGAGGUCGAGUGGAGAGGAGAGGUUGAUAUAGCUGUGACUUACAGAGGGAUCAGCAGGAAAGGAGACAGAUAUGACGGCGAGUUUGGAGAGAAUGAUCAGUCCUGGAGUCUGAGCUGUUCUGGUGAUGGUUACUCUGUCAGACACAAUAACAGAGGAACAUCCAUCUCCUCCUCCUGCUCGGUUUCUAGCAGAGUAGCAGUGUAUGUAGACUCUCCUGCUGGCACUCUGUCCUUCUACAGCAUCUUCUCUGACAUGUCGAUCCACAUCCACACCUUCAGCACCACAUUCACUGAAGCUCUUUAUCCUGGAUUUGGGUUCUGGUCUUCCAAGUGUGGUUCCUCAGUGUCUCUGUGUUCUCUGUGGGAAGAAGAGUCUCCUGCUGCUGAACUGACUCGUUUGUGAAUGCAGUUCAAGUGGUGUUGCUCUCUGAGUCUGGCGUCAAUGAUUGACAAGUUGGAAAUUACAGUGGCCCUGACAGGAGUGUGCAGACACAGUCAAGACAUAGAACGGACAAACAGGGACACAGAGGAGAGACAGGAACUAAACAGACAUGCAGGACACCAGGUGAAACUAAUCAGGGACAGGUGCAUGAUCCAAAAUAGGCGGGAAAACAAGGCAGGAAGUAGAAGUAGACAGGGUAGAACUACAAAAUAAAACAGUAAUCAGAACAAACUCAAACUCGGUUUUGCGAAUAGAGUUUAUAGAAAUCUAAAAAAACAUUGCUGCUAGAAUUAGUUGCUGUUUCUCUUUUUCCAGGAAAUGAUGACAGAUGGGAUAUGCAAAAACGUGUGUAUUCUUUGAGAGCUGACAUGCAAAAGAGUCUCAUGCGUUGACAGUAUGCUUAUUGAUAAAAUGUUUUCCAGAGGGGAAAGAUUUGUGUACGACCGCAAAAGGUCUCUGUGUUAAGAACAGGAACCAUGUAGCUUCCUCUUUUUGACCAUCAUCUCUGUUUGGCGCACAGCCUCGCGUUGACUGCUUUGUGUAGAUAAACAGGAGCCUCCUGCAUGCAUUCACUUAUUUACUGCAGAGGACGACACAUCAGACGCUGGUGUAGUGAACUCAUUCAGGUGUUGCAGCUUUCAAAGGUAAAGUUUGUGACAUUAUUUUUUCUUCUAUGUAGAGAAGAUAAAAACUUCCACUUGCAGUUGUCGUGAUAUCACUUAAACAAUGUUUGUAGAUAUUAAAAAACCUUUAACCUGAUCUCUCAAACAACAGGUUUCACUGUGAAGGAUGGAAGAUUUACACAUGAACAACACCUCACAAGAGGUUUGAUUACAACUACGAUUAUGAAAAUGCUAUGCAUCCAAAGCUGCUUUUGUUUUUGCUGCAUAUUAUUUGUUCAUCUUUAUUUCAUAUUUUUGCUGUUUUAGUGGUUGGCAUGUUAGUUUUUAGGAUGUGACUCAGAGCAUGUAUUUGAACAGUUCUUGUGUGUUUUCAAUAAACACUUUCUACUGA